AUGUCCAACCGCUACGAACGCGAAGCCGAAGACCUCUACGAGGACGAAAACGACCCGUCCCCUGUGUCCGGCACCUUCCACGACAACUCGUACGCGCAUGAGACGCAAUCGAGUCUGAGGAACCAGGUCCCCGUAGCCCGGGACCAGGCACCCUAUGAGGAUCCGGUACAGCCGCCUUAUUCGAACACGGACCAGCAGCUUGCUCAAGAUGAAGACGAGGCGAUUGAUCAGAGCAAUGUGAUCCCAGGAAGGACGAGGGGCGCGAAGCCGCAGACUCGGAACCAGUAUUCCGAGGGUCCUGAUGAGGAUGACUUGCCGGAUGAGGUGUUGUAUGGAAAUGUUGGGACUUCAAGUACUCGGUAUGCUUGA